CCUCCUUUGCUUCUGGAGUGGGUGGAACCAUGAACCGUGCAAUCCACUCCGGUGCUUUAGGGCAGCCAGCAAAGUGUGCACUAUUGUGUGCGGCUAAAAAAAAGAGAGCAAAAAGGAGGGGGAAGAAAAGAGACUCGAGCCCUUUGUGUGGAGAGGACUCAGCAGGAAAGCGAUUUUGCAAUUACUUCAGCUUGCCGGCUAGGCAAGCUCAGGUCCUCUGAUCUGUACACUCGCACGCUGGACCGUCUCACUCUGCAUUCCGCCUGUCGAAGCACACACAAGAGUGAGCGUGUGUCUAUGGGCUCUGUCUGGAUGCAUAUCAAGGGCCAGCAGCGACUCAGAAUUUCUCUCUCUGAUGAUGAUAGCAGACGUCAGACGGGCCCAUGAAUAUUGAUGUGGAGGUCUGUUUCAUAGACGAACAGAAAGAAGCAAGAUGGCUGCCCUUUAGGAUUUGUUUAAGAGGAGACUUAGACGGUUUGCUGGAAUUCAACAAAGUGGAGGGACUUAAAACAAGGACGCAGAGAGGGCGGCCUCGUGAAUGGACUCAGAGCAGACCAGAUGGAAACAGAAAAGACGAGCCAUGAGAUGGAAAAAAGUCUUCACAAACCACUUUCACAAACCAGUGCCACUCAGCAGACAGAGAAACUGCACAUCAAGCAACAGAAUGGAGACCAGUCACCUGAAACCUUAUUUCAGCAGUUCAAUGGGGACACCAACCAGAGCCAUUUUAAGUCCAGCAUGGAAGUCUUUCCAAUGAAAAACCCUGAUAACACUCAAGGGUUGUUUGAUCAAAGCAUGUAUGAGAUGAAUGGAAAUAUGAAGAAUGCACUUGGUGAACAGACAUUUUUAGACUUUCACCAAUCUAAAAGGCUCUGCACUGGUUCAGAGAUGAAUGGAGAUGAGGAUCUGGAAUUCCCGAAGCACAACAAGCCAGUGCAUCAUGAACUAAAUCGAAGCAAGAGAAACUUUAACUUUCCCGGUGGAGAUAUCUUCUCAUUGUCGAGCAACAAGCAGGUCCCAAUGCCCAAUGGUGCUAUAAAGAAUCCACAUUCAGUCAAGGGCACAACUGGUGACCUUUUGGAGAAAACGUUGUCUCAGUACUACCCAGAGCAUGUGUCUAUUGCACCUCAAACCAACUCAUCUCAAGUGCAUCAAGUAACCAGCAACCUGUCUGAACAGGCAACUUCUUCACCUUCAUUUACCUCAGGUUUUCCUAGUUCACCCCAAACAUCUGCCUCUGAGCCACUAGCCAAGGUACCCCCAGAGGUUCAAGGCCACAAUGGCUACAACCCAGAAUUUACACAGAAUGGAUACUGUGUUAGCUUUGCAGCGGACAAAAGGCAAAGGAAGUCUACUUAUCUUCCAUCUAAUCUCUCAGAUAUGGGAAAACAACAAUCACUGUGUAAGGUAGGCUUGGAGUCCAAUGUGCCACCACAGACAGGCAUCGAUGGUUAUUCACAGAUUCGAAAAGAUAAAGAAGGCCUUUCAAAUGACUAUGAGUGUUUAAGCAUGUUCUCUAAGUCCAACCAGGAUUUCAACCAGGAAUCCUAUAUACUGCCAAGAGAGGUGGCAGGUUCCCCUUUUUCAAGUGAAAUAGAUGGUACAUUAAAUUCAUUUAACAGCCUUCAAACACAAAGGACUCAAAUGGGACAACAAAACUUACAAAUGGCACAGAAAAAGUCAGCUGAUGGAAGCUUCCAGGACAACAGAGACUCCUCUUUACCACAGCAACAAACCCUUGAGACGCAGAAGCCAGAAAGUAGCUUACAUGAGAAACAAGAUAAACCUCAACCACAUCAGAAAAAGACAAUAUUACAAAGUACAAAUCAAUCAUCCCACAUCGACUGGAUUGAUUUAAACUCAGCUCCACCACCACAGACAUCUAAUAAACACCCCCACACAUGGGAUUUUUUUCUUUCACAGGCUGCCUCAAUGCAGCAGCAAAAAAUUAAACAGAGCCAAAGCCAUCCGAUGAACCAUAUACCCCCAAACAGCUUACACUCGCAAAAUUUCAGUAAGCCCAACUUUCCCACACAUGAAAGUCAGACGGAAAAUAGUUACAAAAAUUCUCAACCACCUACACAACUGCUCCCUCAACAGUCUUCUGGCUCUCUCUCUCAGGCACCACCUGUUGAGCCUCUGCAGCAGGCCACUGGCUCAUUUCCUCAUCAGCUCCCUCAGAAUGGACAGAGUAUACAAGCAGAUCCACAAUCAGAAGGAGCUUCUCAGAGUCAGACGGAUGAACCAAUCUUGAAACGACCUAAAAUGGAAGACUGCCCUUAUUCAGAAUCACAAAUGUUACUUUACAAAACAUCACAAGAUUAUAAGAAUAUGAGUCAGACGGAUGAACCAAUCUUGAAACGACCUAAAAUGGAAGACUGCCCUUAUUCAGAAUCACAAAUGUUACCUUACAAAACAUCACAAGAUUAUAAGAAUAUGAUAGAUGAAUCUACAUUUUCAGACCCUUCUAAGUCAAACACACAGCUUUUGUCUAAUGAAGUUCAAGCUGAGCUAGGUGAUGCAACACAGAUCCAAAAAAACCUCCAGCAAAAGAACAUACAGUACUCUCAGAGCACCAGUAAACAGCAUCAACACUACCAGCAAGGUUUCCAUCAGAGGGCACACAAUGAUUUGGAAUUCUUCCAGCAUCCACACUUACAAUCACACCUGUUACAAGAUUCUAAUUUUAAUAGUCUGCAGACACCUACUCAAACAUUUCAGAAAGCUGAAUUUCAAGAAACCUGUGCCCAAAUCCAGAGAGGGUCUCUGUCAACACAAGGUGCUCAAGCAGAUAUGCAGAAGCAUGCAGCCUUGCGUAUGCACCUUCUGCAGAAGCAGGAGAGGCAGGAUCCCAACCACACCAGGUCAAAUAUGGAGUCCUUGACAACCAAAAACCCAAGUUUAGAGGUCCCAGCUCAAAAGCCACCUCUUCAGCAGUGGCAAGAUCAAGACAAAGUCAAAGUCAUGCCUGUAGUAAAGCAGGAGGCUCAUUCAUUGGCUUGUGAUCAAAGCCAGCAGAGGAGCAUUCUAGCUACCAUGGAACAGCAAUUGAAACAGUAUGAGCUUUCACCUAUGUUUGAAAGAAAGUCUUUGGUCAUCAAGUCACCAAAUAAGGUGAAGGUAGAGAUGGCUGGAGAUGUGACUGUGCUCUCAACCAGUACUGAGGGGAAUAUCAAUGAACAGUGCAAAUCAAAAGACCUCACCCCAUCUAAAAAGAUUGAAAAUGGUUUGCAGUCCUUUCUAGACUCACCCAUGAAGCUGCUUAAUACUCCAAUAAAAAACCUGCUCAAUACACCUUCAAAGACACAAUAUGAUAUUCCUUCAUGUCACUGUCUUGAUCAAAUCAGUGAAAAGGAUGAAGGUCCAUAUUAUACACACUUAGGAGCAGCAUCAACUGUUGCAGGCAUACGCGAAAUUAUGGAAAGCCGGUCUGGACUGUCUGGAAGUGCCAUUAGAAUUGAGAAAGUUGUGUAUACCGGAAAAGAAGGCAAAAGCUCACAGGGUUGCCCUAUCGCCAAAUGGGUAAUACGGAGGGCAAGUGUUGAUGAAAAACUUUUGGUAAUAGUGCGAGAGCGAGUUGGUCACUCUUGUGAGACAUCCUGUAUAGUGGUGGUUAUCCUGGUUUGGGAAGGCAUAUCAACCAGCCUGGCUGACUCCCUCUACUCGGAACUCAGUGAUACUCUAACAAAACACGGUGCUUUAACCAACCGCAGAUGUGCUCAUAAUGAGGAGAGAACAUGUGCAUGCCAGGGGUUUGAACCGGAUGCCUCUGGAGCCUCUUUCUCAUUUGGUUGUUCAUGGAGCAUGUAUUAUAAUGGCUGCAAAUUUGCUAGGAGUAAAGUCCCUCGAAAGUUCAAACUGCUUGGGGAUGAUCCCAAAGAGGAAGAGAAACUGGAACAUAAUCUCCAGGGUCUUGCAACUCUAAUUGCCCCAGUGUAUAAAAAAAUGGCACCUGAUGCUUACUCCAAUCAGGUGGAGCAUGAGCACAGAGCUCCCGAUUGCCGUCUGGGCCUAAAAGAAGGACGCCCAUUUUCGGGGGUGACAGCCUGUCUGGAUUUCUGUGCCCAUGCUCACAGAGACCUACACAACAUGCUGGGGGGCAGUACUGUGGUCUGCACGCUUACACGAGAGGACAAUCGUGAAAUUGGAAAAAUCCCUGAAGAUGAGCAACUGCAUGUGCUUCCCUUAUACAAGGCCUCAUCCACUGAUGAGUUUGGCAGUGCUGAGGCUCAGCUGGAGAAGACCAAGACUGGUGCUAUUCAGGUACUUAGUGCCUUUCGUAGACAGGUGCGUAUGCUGCCGGAGCCUGUCAAGUCUUGCCGGCAGAGGAAGCUAGAUUCCAGGAAAUCUGCAGUAAACAAGUCAACCCACCCUAACACACCAAACAAAACGGACAACACCCAGCAAGCAAAGAAACAAAGUGUUAAUGAGAAUCUAGGCCAGAACACACCAAUAACAGGUUCAAACAACAUGAAAAAAACUCCAGAUACUGGACAGCCCCUUAAUGCUUAUGCAGCCCAUCAGCAGCAGCCACAGCCAACACACCCCAAUCCUUCUUCUCUUUACACUGGCUCACCAUUUCCUAGAUUCUCAAAUGCACAAGGAACCUUACCAAACACUUCUAAACUAGCAAACUUGCAUCGUCAAACACCAUCCCCUACCAGUCCUUAUCUCCAUUCACAAAAUAUGCCCAACUCUUACAUGAAUGCAUCCACUCCAUAUUCAAGGUCACUUACACCCAACCCUGUCUACCCUGGUUACCAACAUAAUGUAGGAGCACCCAUGGACAACUAUGCCUCUUACUACUCUAACAGUGUAAAGCAUAUGGAUAUUUAUCAGUCCCAAAGGAAUUCACUUUACCCUGAGCAGCAGUACAAUGCACCUCAUUAUGGGGUCAACUACCCAUCACACUAUGGAGAGUCAAGAAUGCCUGUGAAUGGUUAUAACACCUGUAAUGUGAGACCUGGCAUGCACUCUAUUGGACAAUACAGAGCUUACAGCCCUAAUAUGCCACCUGAUGCCUUUUUAAGGCCUCCCUUGGCGCAUUCAUAUUUGGACUAUGCAGCUGCAAACAAAAGCAGCCAGUCUGAAGUCUAUCCCAAAUCUAAUAUCUCCCAGAAUAGUCAAAAUUUUCCUCUAAGUCUAGACAACUUAAGAAUGCAAGGUAACAAUUUAGAGAUGAACUUUCACAGAUCAAAUGGCAUCUCUCAGGUGUUUCCUCCUGUGGGCAAUGAUUGCAUCAAUCCUAACCAACCUCCAAGUUUGAAGCUUUCAAAUGAUAACGUCCCCAACUCCCAGGUCAACCAGGAACCAAACUCUCAGACUUUAGAACAAAAAGAAGAGGAAGUGUGGUCUGACAGUGAGCACAACUUCCUCAACCCUGAAAUUGGAGGGGUGGCAGUGGCACCUAGCCAUGGGUCCAUCAUUAUAGAGUGUGCCAAGCGUGAGCUUCAUGCAACUACGCCACUUAGUAAACCUGAUCGCAACCAUCCCACCCGUAUCUCUCUGGUCUUCUACCAACACAAGAACUUGAAUGAGGCAAAACAUGGACUGGCUAUGUGGGAAGCAAAGAUGGCAGAGAAGGCCCGAGAGAAAGAGGAAGAUGCUGAAAAGCACGGUGCUGAAAACACAUCUAGCAAGAGCAGUAAUAAAAAAGUGAAGCGAGAAAAUACAGACCCUUCCGAACCCUCAGAGAAUCAAUACAAGCAAUUCCUUCUCAUGCUGAAUGGACGGUCAAUGUCUUGCACUACCAAUACGUAUGUGAACACGUCUCCCUAUGCCUUUACCAAGGUGACUGGGCCUUACAAUGAUUUUCUGUGAAAUCUCCUUAGGUUAAGAACAUUCACACAUUAGUAAAAGUGGCAUCAAACAUGGUGCUAACAUCUAGUGUUGCAGAUAGCUUUUGGCUAAAAAGUCUAGAAUGCCUGUCCAGUUUGUUUGAAGGUUACUGACAAAAGAUCAGUAAGAUUUGGCAUCACUAUAUAGAAAGGUGGAGCAGAUAGAUCAAUAGGAAUUUAAACAUCAGGUUUGUCAGCUCUCAAGAAGUCAGGCUUUACUGUUUGACCAAUAGGAAGUUUUUUAUUUAUUAUCUGAUCUGAUUAUGAUUACACACUGUUCUUCUUCCAUGGUGCUAACAGUCCAACAAAUCUGGACAAAUUACUGGAAACAAAGAUUCAUUUUUGAUGACUUUGGUGGCUUAUCAUUAUGUUUUCCGUGGUGCUAGGGAGUGUUUUGAAUGCAGACAUGUUUUCCAAUGCCUUUCUUUAAAAACACAAUUUGAUAUUUUUAAGUAUUAGGCAAUAAUUUUGAUAAUAACUUGUUUUAAAAUAAGCAAGCAGAAUUAGCUUCAUUGUGUGAUUUAGAAGCACUUUUUAUCAUAGUGAGGGUAUUUAUUUUCUGCCCUCAAUCUGAAAGAUGACUAUGUUGGCUUGACAAAUAUUUAAAAUUAAAAAUUCUUCAGAGAAAAAUAUUUCUGAUGAAUUCUAAUUACUUCUAGAGCUUUCAAACUACCUACAACAAAUUUGGCACAGAGGUGGUUCUGACCUGGGUUGCAACAUGUUUAGUUUUCUUGCAUUUAAACAUGCCAAAAAUGAAAUAGUUUUCAAUUUUUUUCUGUAAAAAAAGUACUUGAGCUUUCAAGCCACAUCCACAAACUCAGCACAGACCGUAAAAUGCUCAUGCCUUAUUUUUUUUCUCUUUUCUUUCCUCUUGAUUCUAUCUACAUGGUCAGUAUGGCCUGUAAACUUAUAAACCUCAAGCUUUUGAAGCUAUUUUAGCUAUUCAGACAGGGCUUUGUGAAGCCAACAUUAAAGUUCAUCUUGACAAAUUUCACUUAUCUACUAUUUGGAUGGCACUCCAUCACGAAGUGAAACUCAAAACAUGUUUACUGUAUUAAUUUUAGUUUUUAAAUGUGGUAAACGAUACUGAUGAUAUCAUACUUUUGACAGCUGAACAACAUGUAAAAGACACCUUUACUGAUUUUUUUCUGGUGCUUUCACAAUUUUACAAAUUCUUUAUACUUAUAUAUUGAGCCAUUUAUGAUACAUUUUUUGUACCGUUAAUGUUCUUACAAAGAACUUCGAGAAAAGUGAAAUUUCAGAAUGAGCAGAUACUUAGCUUAGUGAAACUGAUACAGUGUCUAGGUUAAACAAUGGUCGCUAUUUUGUCCUUAAAGCAUUUUCAAGGAACACAUAACAGGGUUACAUUUACAUUAGCGUCAGUGAUUAAAAGGCAGCUGGCAUGGCUUGCUGUAGGGGAUCUUACAUAAUGCAACUUUGGCUGUAUUAAAACAUUUAAAUUUGUACAGUAAAUUAAUACGCUUUAAAUGUAUGCUUAGAUUUUAGCUUAGUAAAGAUUACCUUUUCUUUGUGUUUAAACCUUUGACCUUUUUUCAAAUGGUGCUACUUGACCUACUAUAAAUACAAUGUGAGAAUCUCUAAAGGGUGGUGAGAAGGUUUUUGAAUGAUAUAUAGAAUCAUAUACCUCAGAACUAGUUUGGCAAUAGAAUUCUAAUAUCAAGGUGUUUUAUUUAUUUCCGAACACUUUGUAGCAGAUAUAACAUAGACCUAAAGGCCAUCAUUGAUGCGAAGUUCACUUUGUACUUUCAACACUUUUGAUCUACUAGAAAGUAUUACUUGAACUUAAAGUUUCAAUUGAAUUGCUUAAUCAGGGAUAUGUCAGCUCAUUGCUGUGCAUAAAUAUCACUUGUGUUCUCUUUCUAAUUCAGGUAUCAGCAUUUUCAUCUGAAAUCCUUGUAUAUAUAUAUAUAUAUAGCGCACACGGCUAACUUUGUUAGAAUCAUUUUCAUACUGUGUUAGAAUCAUUUUCAUACUGUGUUAAAGUGGAAUGCUCAGAAAUUUGUCAAGAAACAUUGCACUGAGUAAAAGGGAAAAUAGCAUAUAAAGCAAUGCAUGUUCUCUUUACUUAAGACCCAGUCCGUUUAAUUAUAUGCACAUUUAGUUGCAUAUGUAUAUUUAGAGGCUAAAUGUAUUUACAACCACUAAACAUAAAAGCCUCUUAUACCCCAAUCUGUUUAAGUUAAUUAUGCAUUUGAAAAGUUAACAAAGCAACUCAUUCCACUCUGACAUUUAAAGAAAUGGAAGCACUUCAUUUGUUUUUCACAACAAAAAAAACUUUUAGAUACCACAAAAAUGUAUGUAAAUUUAAAAUAGGUAGAUUAUUGUAAAUGUAUUAAAUUGCCAUGUUGUAUAUACCACAUGCUUGCAUUGCAGAAGUCCAUUCUUUAUUCUAUGUCCAGCUUUUGUUAUGUAUGAAGAUUGAUUUCCUGUUACAUGUACCAUCAACCCCACACAUCACAAAUUUAGCCCCUAACAAAAUCUGUUGUUUGUAUCCAGGUUACUGGAGGUUUUUUUCCUGCAACAGCAACGUUUACAUUUUAAGAUUUUCUAUUUAAGUCACUUUCAUGUAGUUAAGGAGGAACCAUCCAUUUUGUAGUUGAAAUUAGAUGGUUUAUUUUGGUGUACAGAACCCAGCUUGAGUAGCAAGUUGUGUAUGAAGUAGGAGAAAAGAGUGAUUAGGUCAGGGGUGCCCAAUUCUGCUCCUGGAGAUCCACAGUCCUGCAGAGUUUAGCUCCUACCCUAAUUAAAUAUAAUUUUGAUUAUUUUUCAAGUAAUCCUCAAUAUCUUAAUUAGCUGGUUCAGAUGUGUUUGAUUAGGGUUGGAGUUAAACUGCAAGACCGUAGAUACCCGGGCACCCCUAAACUAGGUUAUAGUGGGUGACAAGAAUGUAGCCAUACUUGAAGACGCUUUGGAGUAUCUCUGAGUGGAGUCAACUUUACUUGAACGACUUACUGACUUCAACUAACAUACUGGGGUGAACAACUCUUACAUUAAGCUAGCAGUUGAUGUACAUGUUGGUAUUUUGACAUUAGACACUAAAGAUUUAAAUGUGCUAUUUUCUGCCUUUUUGUAUUGCUUCCCUUGUAUUCUUAAAAAAUUAUGCUUAAAAUGUUGAAUUAAGAAUGCAGUUGAAUACUGUAAGUAUUGUAAUGUACUGAUGAACUGAAUGCAGUUUAUUUUAAAGUUAUUUGUUGAUUUGUUAUCAUUCCUGAUUCCUGAAUUGUGGGUGUUUUUAAUAAAAUUUAUAUUUAUUUCAAGUA